AUGGUGCAAGGCGGCCCAUGCAUCGGUCCACAAGUGGUUGGAGGUCUUGGCUUUGACCCAAAGCAGAACUAUGCCUUUGCGCCGACCAUGCGCAGCACCAUCCACACCACGAAGCCCUGUGUUCAGCCUCCAGCACCUGCGGUGGGUAUGGCCCGGAUGGCGCAAGUGCCGCAACAACUGACACCACCAGGUCCUCAGGGACACCACUUUGCUCAAGCCCUCCACGCCCGUGGCAGAUCCGCGUCGCCGGCCUACACCGGUGGAGCGCCCCACGGCUACAUCACCGCCCAGAGGCAUCCGCAAGUGAUGUACGUGACUCGCUGAGUGCUGGUCAAUGGAGCCAGCGCAGUGGCGAGAGCUUGACAAAGAUCAACGCCUAAGAGAACGUCGAGCAGGUCGGUCUUCCAAAGUCUCUG